UGACUAUGAACGCCAUGCGAUAUGCGAUAAGCAAAAGGUCGGCAUUUUGCAUCCGGUUAGGCCUCGAUUGUGGAGAUGCGGGCUGAGCCCGCAUUUGCCAAGUCACUAGCAACUUCGGUAGCAGCGUGGUACUCAUACCAUGAACCAAAGAGGCAUCUCUGUAGGCCUCGUUAUCUGGGGUAUCGUAGCAGCCUGAGCCAUGGUUCCGCCGGGACGUAUAUAAGGCAACAAUGACGGCCACAGAUUCUGUAGGUGUGCUACUCACCAAACGCUCAUCAUGGCGGGCCGUUUUCUCCUCUCUGGACUGCUGACUGCGAGUCUUACAUUUAUCCCCGUGUUGGCUGCUCCGGUCGUCAAGAGGAACCCUUACAGCUUCGUUCUGGAAAAUCCCUACGGUGAUGCUGUCUUUGAGCUUGGGAAUGUUUCCUACCUGGCAAAUACCAAACAUCCCAAGGCGAGUGCUGGCUGCUCAACCCCGGCCGGCUCUGCCACAUCGAUACCCAUCACCGUCAUCAAGACAAACGAGACGACUAUCACGAAGAAUGCCCUAGAAAGCGUUCUAUCGUCCUAUCUCGCUGGCGACGAUGUCUUCAGCCAUGAUUUCCUGGAUGGACUGUACCUCUCCUCGGGCGUCAAGUCGACGCUGGAUGCCUCUGCUGUCGAACAUCUUAAUUCUUUGAACACGAGCAUGCUUUUCGUAGACGCCUCGGUCACUGCAGACGCCUCAAUGAGCAAGAUGGUGCUUGAAUCGGCUAUCGACAUUCCAGCUGGGCCAUACCUCGCAUCAGUCGAAGAUGGCUCAGUAAGCUUUGCGACUGUAUAUCGGCUCUAUCCGGAUACCUACCGUACAUUCCUGUUCGGAGCGUACGACGCGAAUGAUGGACAGGAAAAUCACAACCCGCUCGGUGUUUUCCUGCCCAAGUUUUGGGACCCCAUGAUUCCUGUUCCUUCACGAAUCUACUACUGGGGAGACGACAGACCGUUGGCUGGGGAGCGCGUUGCAAUCAAAGAUUUGUACGAUGUCAAGGGCCUGCAAACUUCCGGCGGCAGUCAGGCAUGGGCUCGCAUCACUCCCAUUUCGAACGGUACAGCGCCAUCAGUGCAGCAGAUCCUCGAUCUCGGAGGUGUCGUCGUUGGUAAGCAGAAGCUCGCUCAAUUCGCCUCCGGUGCCAAUCCUUGGGAAUGGCAAGAUGAGCACUACCCGUUCAACCCAAGAGGUGAUGGAUGGCUCACGUGCUCAGCUUCUUCUUCCGGCGGAGGCUGCUCCAUUGCUGCGUACGAUUGGCUUGACUAUGCUAUCGGAAGCGACACCGGCUCUUCGAUGAGGCGACCGGCCGCAGUAGCUGGUGUAUAUGGACAACGUCCCAGUCAGGGGUUGAUAUCACUCGAGCGUGUCAUUCCGUUGGGAGCAGCGACCGACACCGCAGGAGUCUUCUCUCGCGACCCCUACAAAUGGAUCAGAUUCGCCAAGUCUUGGUACACACCCAGCCUCUACCAGAACUCGUCGAUCACCGGUCUAUCACCGCUUUCUGUUCCAGACACAGACGCAUUCCCCAAGACCAUUCUCUACCCCACAGACUACCUCCCGCUGAACAACUCGGCCGCAGAACCCAUCUUACAAGAUUUCAUUGCCAACUUGACGAGGAUCUUCAACAUGACUGUGAAGGAAUUCAACUUUACUGCUACGGUACAGAAUUCAUCUGACCCCAUUGCGAGCAACUUCACUAGGAUGGGCCAGGCGACCAGCGCAAUAAACGGAUGGUCAUCAUGGCAAGUCGUCGGAAAGCCUUUAGUCACUGCUUGGGCCGCCCUCUUCGACGGCCGCUUCCCGCCAAUUGAUCCUGCGAGACGACUCGGCUGGUUCGCCUUCGACGAAUCGCGAACCAACCAGACCACCUACGACGCAGCACUCGUAACCAAAAACACAGCCGUAGAGUGGUACGAGAGGGAACUCCAAUACAGCACCCCCGAAUCGUGUUCAGAGUCUGUGAUGCUCUACGACAUUGGCACCGGCGGCUUACCUUCAUACCGCGAAAAGGACCUCAACGACUCACCGUAUGCUUCUUACCUAGCUGUGACACCACCGGGGGCAAAGAUCACUGGUGCAGGUAUAUGUCCGAUAUUCGGGUGUGCCGAUUUCACGAUUCCGAUUGGUCAGGUGCCGUACCGGAGUGAGGUUACGUUCCAUGAGGAAAUGGUGCCUGUAACCAUCAAUAUGGUGGUAAAGAGGGGAUGCGAUUUUGUGCUUUACAAUAUGAUUGAGAAGUUGGCGGAUGAGGGCGUGCUGAAGACAGUCAAGACGGGGAGAACAGCCUUUGAAUAGUAGAGCUGGUAUCGUAGAGAGAAUGAGAUACGACAUGACGAACUCAAUGCAACCUGACAUGACAGGUUUUUUUAGGCUCAACAACUGUCGCUCGACACAAGUGUAAACAUCCGGCUAUAGCGAGAGUCGCUUAUAAAGUUGCUUGGCCGAAAGGUGGCCGAUGUUAGUUGUCAAAAGACGCCAUAUUGCUUUUGAAUCGACAACUGUGAAAACACCACCGCACUGAUAGAGAGGAGAUUGCCUGGUAAGGCUGCAUUGCAUUGUUGCGAACCAAACUGGUCCUGCGCUCUGGUAUCAAGAGCCGGAAUGCAUCAUUCUACCAUUCGAAAAGCGACCACAACG